AUGUUACUCAUCCCCGUAAUCAGCUUCGUCUCGCUCGUCUUUGGGCGGCCCACUGGUACGCCCCUGAUGGUCCGCACCCCCGCCUCCUCCCUCGAGCCCGGCACCCUACUUGGGCGACAUUACAUCAUCACCGGCCAGCACGCCAUCCACACCUCUUCCACCCCCCACCUCGCUCGCGCCGACCCCGCACCCUCCGAACGCAAGUCCCGCUCCGUGCCCUUCCCCAAGUACCUCCAAGACCGCUCGGACGCCCAUUGGGCACACGCGCCGCGGGCCGCGUCCGUCGACGAUCUCAUCCCUCCUGGGACGGAAGCGAACUACGUGUCGCACGUGGGCCCGUUCGUGCCCUCCGAUGCGAGUGAGGGCCCUCCCUACGGCCCCCCGCCUGUGGUUGCGUACACGCCGCCGUCGAACUACACGGCGGCCGCGUCGCCGAAGAAGAUGAUCAAGGCCAAGGGGCUCAAAGUCGCCGGGCCACACUCAGCGAGCGCGCUCUGA